UUUAAUGGUGGUGGCUACGGAGGUUAGCACCGCCGUCUCCGGCAUGAAACCAACGUCUCCGCCUCCAGAACCCAACAGCUCUACUGAUUUCCUUGAAAACGAUAGGCUAAAGGAAACGUUUUCAAGUGAAAGUCUUGAUUUUGAUGAUUGGACUUUGUUAAUCUCCGAAGUAGAGACUUCCUUCCCAGAUGAUAUUGAGAAGCUGUGUUUAGUCUACGAUGCUUUCCUGUUGGAGUUUCCGUUGUGCUAUGGCUAUUGGAGGAAGUAUGCUUACCAUAAGAUACAGUUAUGUACGUUAGAAGAUGCUGUUGAAGUUUUCGAACGGGCAAUACAAGCAGCUACUUAUUCUGUAGAUGUAUGGCUGGACUAUUGCACUUUCGCUGUUGCUGCCUAUCAAGAUCAUCAUGAUGUUUGUAGAUUAUUUGAGAGGGGGCUUUCAUUUGUUGGGAAAGAUUACUCUUGCUGCACUCUCUGGGACAAAUAUAUAGAGUUUCUCUUGAGUAAGAAGCAAUGGAGUUCUCUGGCGCAUGUAUAUCUCCGGACCCUGAGAUAUCCAUCCAAAAAGUUGAAUUUCUACUACAAGAACUUCAGGAAGAUUGCAGCUUCUUUGAAAGAGAAGAUCAAAUGUAGAAUAGAUGUUAACGGAGACCUUUCUUCAGACCCCAUGGAAGAAGAUUUGAUCCCUAAGCGUUACACUGACGAGGAGAUCUCUGUUGUUAUAAGAGACUUGAUGGGUCCUUCCUCAAGCUUAGCUGUGGCAAAAGCUCUGCAUGCAUAUUUGUCUAUUGGGGAACAGUUCUAUCAAGAUUCACAGCAAUUGGAGGAAAAAAUAAGUUGCUUUGAGACGCAAAUCCGCAGACCUUAUUUUCAUGUAAAGCCGAUGGACACUAAUCAGCUUGACAAUUGGCAUAAGUAUCUGAGCUUUGCAGAAACAUAUGGAGACUUUGAUUGGGCUAUUAAGCUUUAUGAAAGAUGUUUAAUUCCAUGCGCUAAUUACACCGAGUUCUGGUUCCGCUAUGUGGAUUUUGUUGAAAGCAAUGGUAGCAGGGAGCUAGCUAACUUCGCGUUGGCUCGAGCUUCACAAACUUUUGUCAAGAAUGAAUCUGCUAUCCAUCUAUUCAAUGCACGAUUCAAGGAACACGUUGGAGAUGCAUCUGCCGCUUCUGUUGCUCUGUCUCGAUGUGACGAGGAGCUUGGUGUUGGUUUUGUUGAAAAUGUAACUAAGAAGGCUAACAUGGAGAAGCGUCUGGGUAAUUCGGAAGCGGCUUAUACUACAUACAGAGAGGCUCUGAAGAAAACACUCACUGGAAAAGAGAACAUAGAAACUACUGCACUGUUGUAUGUUCAAUUUUCUCGUCUCAAGUACAUGAUAUCAAACAGUUCUGAUGAGGCAGCUCAGAUUCUGAUAGAAGGCAAUGAGAAAGUUCCUCACUGCAAAUUACUUCUUGAGGAGCUUAUAAGACUCAUGAUGAUGCAUGGAGGAUCUCGACAAGUGGAUCUAUUAGAUCCUAUCAUAGAUAAAGAAAUAUCUCACCAGGCUGAUUCCUCUGGUGGCUUGAGCGCAGAGGACAAGGAGAACAUAUCAAAUUUAUACAUGGAGUUUAUUGACCUCUGUGGAACCAUACAUGAUGUGAGGAAGGCUUUGGGUCGACACAUAAAAUUAUUCCCACAUUCUACUAAAGCCAAGUCGCAUGAGUCCCGUCCUUCAGGGAAUUCACUCCGAGAAUUGAUUCAACGAAGAGAAAAGACUCGUGAGUGCUUGAAUCAUGACCUAUUAGCAAACAAAGGCAUUGUCGGUACAGUUGUUUCGCCACUGGAAGAAAAGAAAGAGUUACCUCUGAACUCUGAUGGUUCUCCAUCUAAAGAUGGUGCUCGGUCUGACUAUAUAAACACCGAGACUAAUGGGGAGUCUCUGGCUUCAGGACUUCAAGCUGAAGGAAGCAAAACUGUUGCAGAGAGUGAGAAUCUCUGUGAGUCACAGAGUGAUCUGUCUAUGGGAUUAAAGUCGGAUGAAGGUGGUGAACGCUCUCGUGAAGCAAGCCUACCAAUCCAGGACACGCCAAAACAUGCUUUUGUCGCCAAACAAGCUCACUUCUCGUCCAGUUCAGUAGAUGCUGUGAAAUCUGAUGCUAUAGAGAUCCAACCUAGUGGCUUUCGGAGUCCCCAAAGUUACCAAAACCAAGAGUUUCACAGGCAAGCUAGUCGAAGUAGGUACCAGAGAAGAGAUUUUAACCAGAGUCAUAGAGAUCCCAAACCUCGCUCACAGGAGAGACCUCAACAGAUGUCAUAUUCUCCAGUCACAACUGGUCGUGGGGGUUUUAGCCAGCAGAUGGAUGUUGCUCCUAGAGACAAUCACGUAGUCUCACAGAGUCUGCAAAACCAGUGUCAGUACUCUGCAUACCCCAUGGUUCAACCAUCUAAUGCUUAUCCUCAGGCCCAGAUUCCUGGACAGCACAUGAUUGUAGCCUCUUCUGUCAAUCCAGCAGCAGUGCAAAGCUCAUUCUCACAGAUUCCGCAGAGUCAAUAUCAAGGCUCCGCAGCUCAGGUUCAAACAUCAUUUGCUUAUUCUCAGCAUCCAGUGCAAAGUAACGACCAAUUAGAAGGUCAGAUGCAGAGCAACGAAGCAUAUAACCAGAUGUGGCAACAGUAUUACUGUUACAAUUACUACUACCAACAACAACAGCAACAGCUUCUGCCUGAACAACCACAACCAAAUCAGAAUCCUCACCCGCAACUAGAUCCGAAUAUUCUCUAUCAAACCCAAGCUGGAACUCAGCACCCACAAUCUCAACAGGUGGAACAACUCAACACACAACAGCAUAGCCAAGAACCACAAAACCAGCAGCAGAUUCAGUUCCAGCAACAACAACAACAAGAGUGGUUUCAACAGCAGCAACAAUGGCAACAACAACAACAACAGGAACAGUAUCAUCUCUAUCUUCAGCAACAACAGUUGCAAGAAGAAGCAAAAGUUGUUGAACAGAUACCACCCUCCGUGCCACAAGUCUCCACAAAGGAAAGUGAUAUUCAAAAGAGUGGAGAAUCUGGAGGAAGACAUGAAGUAGAACACUCUUCUGACACUUCCAUCACUUCCAUAUAAGUUUCAUGAAAGUCUAAUAGUUUCUGCUCAAUUGUGUUUGUGAAUUAAAGUAUACUUUUUAAUUUAAAUUUUUUUAAAGUACAUUUCCGUAAAUUUUAAAGUCUAGAGGAAGGAAGAAUCUUAAAUCGAAAGUUUUUAAAAAAGUUGGAGGGCUUGGACACCC